AUGCUGUCCCUUCGCUCCGCCGUGCGGAGAGCUUCCACCAAGCCCCUCCGAUCGUUCUCCGCGCCGCAGCCGGCCUUGCCUCUGCGCUCCGGGGUCUCUGCCCGCGCAGUUGCUGGACCUCUUCGCCGCAAUGUCCGAGCCUACUCUCGCACCGCAGACGCUCAGCCAAGCUCCACCCGAAGCACUGUCGUUCAGCUGCUGAGCAACAUUGGAUCCAAGCGCGAGGUCCAGCAGUAUCUGUCUCACUUCACCUCCGUCUCCUCGCAGCAGUUCGCCGUGAUCAAGGUGGGCGGUGCAAUCAUCACCGAGCACCUGCAGACUUUGUCCUCCGCCCUCGCAUUCCUGAAUCAUGUCGGCCUUUACCCCAUUGUCGUCCACGGUGCCGGGCCUCAGCUCAAUCGCAUGCUGGAAGCCGCCGGUGUGGAGCCCCAGUUCGAGGAUGGAAUCCGGGUCACGGAUGGCAAGACUCUUUCCUUGGCGCGCAAGCUCUUCCUGGAGGAGAACAUGAAGCUGGUGGAGGAGCUGGAGCGCAUGGGUGUGCGUGCUCGUCCCAUUACCGCUGGUGUCUUUUCUGCCGACUAUCUGGACAAGCCCAAGUACAAUCUGGUCGGAAAGAUCAAUGGUGUGGACAAGAGGCCCAUUGAAUCGGCCAUUGAGGCGGGCUGCCUGCCCAUUCUGACUUCGAUGGCCGAGACCCCCGAUGGCCAAGUACUCAACGUCAAUGCUGACGUCGCCGCCGGUGAACUGGCUCGGUCGCUGCAGCCUCUCAAGAUUGUGUACCUGGCUGAGAAGGGAGGUCUCUUCAAUGGUGACACUGGCGAGAAGAUCUCCGUCAUCAACCUCGAUGAAGAGUACGAUCACCUGAUGACCCAAUGGUGGGUUCGUCACGGGACUCGCUUGAAGAUCAAGGAAAUGAAGGAUCUCUUGAGCGACCUGCCCCGCUCGUCCAGUGUUGCCAUCAUUCAUCCGGCCGAUCUUCAGAAGGAGCUCUUCACCGAUUCGGGUGCCGGCACUCUCAUCCGCCGAGGCAACAAGAUCAACGUUCAGAACUCCCUGGCUGCGUUUGGCGAUCUGAACGCCCUGAAGGAUGUGCUGGUCCGAGAUCGGGAGGGCCUGGAUGCCCGUGCCGUCGUCGACCGCUACGUCGAGGGUAUGAAGGAGCGUGACUUCAAGAUCUACUACGACGAUCCGAUGGAUGCGUUGGCCGUAGUCCUGCCACCCCAGCAGGGCUCCCUAAUGGCCCACUUGGCCACCUUCACGAUCACCAAGUCGGGCUGGUUGACCAACGUGGCUGACAAUGUCUUUGCUAGUCUCAAGAAGGACUUCCCCAAGUUGGCUUGGACCGUCAAGGAGGAUGAUGAGAACCUGACAUGGUUCUUUGACAAGGCGGAAGGCAGUCUCAGCCGGGACGGCGAGGUUCUGUUCUGGUACGGUGCAGAGAACGGUGACGAGGUCAAGCAGCUCGUUCAGGAAUUCACCAAGCACGGCCGCCAGAUGUUCGGUGAUAUCAACCUUGAGCACCGUCUGCACCGUGCUCACGAGGCUGCUAUCAAUAUCAGCAAGGGCCACGGUGCCAGCGGUGCCUCCAUGGAGCAGAAGCGUGCCUUCUCCUCCGUGUCCAACGCCCUUCGUGCUUCCCGCAUGAAGCGCCCGGCCGUUGCGAUCAACGCGGCCCGAACCUAUGCCACCACCACCAACCCCAACCCUCCUCUCGGUGAGAAGAACGCCUCCAACCCCCAGCCUGCCAAGGUUGCUCUGAUUGGCGCUCGUGGCUACACUGGCCAGGCCCUGAUCAACCUGCUCAAUGCUCACCCUAACAUGGACCUGCGCCAUGUCUCUUCCCGGGAGCUGGCUGGCAAGAAGCUGCAAGGCUAUGAGAAGCGUGAGAUCAUCUACGAGAACUUGAGCCCUGAGGAUGUUCAGCGAAUGUCUGCCAACGGCGACAUUGACUGCUGGGUCAUGGCACUCCCCAACGGUGUCUGCAAGCCUUUCGUCGAGGCUGUUGACCGUGGCUCUGAGAAGGGCAACGUGAUCGUUGAUUUGAGCGCCGACUACCGCUUCGACUCCAACUGGACCUACGGUCUGCCUGAGCUCGUUGACCGUUCCAAGAUUGCCCGUGCCACUCGGAUUGCCAACCCCGGUUGCUACGCCACAGCGGCACAGCUCGGCAUUGCUCCCCUUGUGCCGUUCCUGGGUGGUCAGCCUACCACCUUCGGUGUCUCUGGGUACUCUGGUGCUGGCACCAAGCCCAGUCCCAAGAACGACGUCAACUUCCUCACCAACAACCUCGUGCCCUACAGUUUGACUGACCACAUCCACGAGCGUGAGAUCAGUGCUCAGCUUGGCACUAGCAUUGCCUUCAUUCCUCACGUCGCCGUCUGGUUCCAGGGUAUUUCGGUAAGUUCCUUCAUUGUACCCAUGUCCUUGUUCUACGUUCCCUAUUCUGACCCAGCCUCGCAGCAUACCAUCAGCAUUCCCUUGAACAAGGAAAUGACCUCUCGUGACAUUCGAAACAUCUACCAGGAUCGCUACGCUGGUGAGAAGCUUGUCAAGAUCACUGGCGAGGCCCCUCUUGUCAAGGAUAUUGCCGGUCGUCACGGGGUGGAGAUCGGUGGCUUUGCCGUCCACUCCAGCGGCAAGCGCGUUGUGGUAUGCGCCACCAUCGACAACCUUCUCAAGGGUGCCGCCACUCAGUGCCUACAGAACAUGAACUUGGCUCUUGGCUACUCUGAGUAUGAGGGCAUUCCUAUGGAAUAA